UCGGAAAGGGCCUCAGGUGCCUGGAAGCCGAACUGUAGAAGUUCGGUGAAAGUAAUCGAUGAUUUUGGAAGAAGAUAGUUUUUCCACAUGUGGCCAUCCCAGCUGUAACUUCUCACCACACUUUUCAAUAUGAACAUUUUGCGCCUUGCCGCAAAGAAAGAACCACUGACCCCUGUGCUACAAAAAGCCAAAAUGUCAUGUCAAGAUGAUGGCUCCUGUCCCAAGAAAAUAGACAAAGCGGAGUUGAAAAAACGCCUCACCCCACUACAGUACCGAGUGACACAGGAGAAGGGAACAGAAAGUGCCUUUUCUGGGAAAUAUGUCAAAGUAACAGAUGAAGGUGUAUUUAAUUGCAUAGUCUGUAACAGCACCCUAUUCUCGUCUGAAAGUAAAUUUGACUCUAAAUCUGGCUGGCCGUCUUUCUCUGAUGUCUAUGAGCGAGGCAGGGUAGCGCUUAUUGAUGACUAUUCUCAUGGUAUGCACAGAUUGGAAGUAAAAUGUAAAAAAUGUAACGCACAUCUCGGUCAUCUCUUUGACGAUGGUCCACUGCCAACAAAACUUCGUUACUGUGUGAACUCUGCUUCAUUGGACUUCAAGAAGUGGACUACUGUAUGACCUCUGGUUGACCCUUAUGUGACCUUUUGGUGACCUUUUGAUGACCUUGAUUUUUGACCUUGUUCAUCUGUUUGAAGACAGACUACAAGCAACUGAGCAUAAAUCUUCGCAUUGGACUUCAGGAAUUGGGGGAAAUGCAGUGGUCUUGUCUGUUUUUUAUGUGGCUUUUGCUUGAUUAAGAUGUUUGAGGGUUUUUUCCCCUGUUGAUUGGAAGAUGGAUCAUGUACCAAUUUGAAUGCCAUAUUUGUUAUUAGUAUUUGAAAAUUAAUUCAGUUUGUUUUAUCUAACUGCUUUAAAGAGCGCUGUUAAAACCAGCCCUAGAAGAAGUUGUGCCAAUGUAAGGUACUUUUAUAUUUAAACAAUGUAUGUACUGCUUUUUAUUUAUUUAAUUGUUAUGCUUCUAUUUUCUGCAGCUUGCUGUUCGAUUAAUGACUUAUGUUGAUCUCAGAUUCAAGCAGCUGUGGAAAUUUUAAUCAAAUUGUGGUGUCAUUAAUUAGUUACAAAUAACUGGGUCUUUCAUAUUCAUCUCUGAAAUUUUAGUGUUUUCCUGUUCUUGUCUUUACAUUAUAGGUAUUAUUAUGUCUUUUUGUUGAGUUUUGGCAUUAUACUGACAAAUGAAAGGUAUAGUUCAAACUUUUCUCAGUAAGUUUUGGAUAUGAAUAACUUUGUAGAUGAAGGGACUAUUGAUGAAAUUUUCAGGAAAAUUAACUUUUAGCAACAUAAGGGUUUGACAUGCAUUUUAUGCCUUUAAAAAUGAGAUAAGAAACAGCAUGGAAAACACCAAAAAUCUUUUGCACAUUGAUUGUUUUAACCUAGCUAGUGAUGUGAAAAGGCUAGAAUUACACCUAUUGUAAACGUCUAUGGUUAAGCUAACAGACACUAGUUAAAACUUUAGACUGUUAAAUUAUGUAAAAACUCACCAUUUGUUACUGUUGAUAUUUAUCCUCAGGCUGUUUACUAUGGUAUUACUGCCCUCAAUGUUUACAAGUUUUUUUAAAUAACUCUGUGUAUUGCAUUAUAUUUUAUUAUGUGUCUAGUAUUGCUGUUUAAUUCAAUACUGAUUUUAUAGAGUAUUAAGUUUGUGUCAGUAUGCCCAGGAUUCUUGCCAUUGUAAUUUUUCAUUUUUUUUUUUGACGAAAAGUGAUAGAUGAUAAGAGCUCACAAAUAUCCCCCCGCCCUCACACACACACACACACACACACACACACACACACACAGUACUGGUAGGAUGAUGUUAGACUGCAAUACCACAGAUUUAGAUUGAUCCAUCUGAAUCGACCUAACUCCCUGGGGGUUCACGCUAAAUUACUGUCAGCCGAGC